AUGGAACAGAACUCAGAAUAUGAAAAUUUUAUUGCUAGCUCUUAUAACGAAGAAAGUUUAGUAUCAAACACUCCUCCUAGAAGAGGUAAUUUCUAUAAGCAAUCGCAAUCAUCCGAAUAUCAUAUUCGGCAAGCUGAAGAUGCAAUAAAAGCUUUGAAAUAUACUGCAAAUAGACCUGGAUGGAAGAAGGUUAUGACCAACAAAAGGGGUACUGUGGUUUAUACCAAGCCGGGAACUAUAUUGGAUAACAAAGUUCCUGUGUACAUGGGUGAACACGAAAUAGUGGGUUAUACACCACAAGCAAUUUUUACUGUUAUUGGAAUGAGAAAACCUUGGGAUGAUUGGUACGAAGGAGGUCACCUUGUUGACAAUUUAAAUGAUACAACAAGUACAACUUACAUGGUUAUGCAUGCAUUAGUUGGAUCAAAACCAAGGGACUUGUCAUUAGUGGAAAAGAUAGAAUGUACUCCAACAGGCGAAAUUUAUUUUUCCGCAACUUCCAUUGAUAAUCCAAAGGUCCCACAUGUUUCCGGAAAAAUCCGUGCAGAAAUGAUAUUAACUGGUUGGAUUCUCGAACCUCUUUCCGCUGCUCCACCCAGGACAAGAGUUAUCUACAUUAAUCAAGUAAAUGUUAAUGGUUGGUCUCCAAAAUUUCUUGUCUCGACAGUUAUGUCUAGAAGGUCUUUUGUCCUUUGUGGAAUUGAAGAUUAUUUGGUUAAGCAUGAUCAACCAAUAAUGAUAAGUACCACUCCACAAGAUUCUCCCCCAAAUGAUUCACCGAAAUUUUCUGCUGUUACUUCGCCGAAACUUUCUGCUGUUACUUCACCGAAACUUUCUUCUGUUAAUUCACCGAAACUUUCUAGUGUUAGUUCACCAAUACUUUCACCGAAAAUUUCUAGUGUUAGAUCACCAAUACUUUCACCGAAACUUUCUAGUGUUAGCUCACCGAUACGUUCACCGAAACUUUCUAGUUCAAGAAUCCCUGAAGAUCCUAAAUUCAUCCCAUUAGAUAGUAAUGGUUUAUAUGAAAAACCUAAAACUAAAAAAAUAAACGACAAGAAUUUAUUACCAUUAAUUUCGCCAGACAUCUCAUCUCAAGUUAAAACCUCUCCAAGAUCAAUGUCUAUAACAUCAUCAAAACAAUCAUCUACAAUUUCACCUAUUGACCCACCGCCAAUGCCCGCAUUGCCCUUGCCCAUAUUGCCCAUAUCUUCGACUCACGUAUAUUCGCCUCACGCAUCUCCAAGUCACGUAUCUUCGCCUCACGCAUCUCCAAGUCACGUAUCUCCGUCUCGCGCAUCUUCGCCUCACACGCCUGCAUCUCCAUCUUUCGUAUCACCAUCCGUGGUUUUGGAAGAAUCUUUGAUAAGCCAAUCAUUAAAAAAGGAUCGUCAUAAAGGUUCUGCAAACAAUGUACUAUCUAAACUAAAAACAUUAGCAAGUAAUUUAGAUGGUUGGGAAUUUUAUAAAGAAGAGCAAGGUGUAGAUAUUUACACAAGAGAAGGAAUUACUAAUUCUAUACCGAUGACGCGUGGUGAUAUUAAAAUUACUGGCAGACAUAAACCAGAAGAUAUUCUAUCGAUCAUUUCUGAACUUGAGAUGAGAAAACUUUGGGAUGAUCGAUUUGACGAAAGUGUAAACAUUGAACGGUUGGGACAAAAUGAAUUUUUAAACAAACUCUCGAUGAAUCGUAACUUCCCGAUCAGUCGACGAGACUUGGCAACAGUUUGUAUUAUUGAACGUGAUCCAGAAACCGGUACAAUUUGGCAUGCUAGCACUUCAGUAGCUGAUCCAUUAAUUCCUGAAAGUAAAAAACAUGUUCGAGCGAAUUUAGCUAUUGCUGGAUGGCAAAUACGUCCUAGAGUUGAUGAAGAAUUAACAACGUACAUAGAAAUUAUUUAUAUUACUGACAUUGAUAUCAGACUUGAAGCAAUUCCUCCAUCAAUCAUCAAAAGUGUCUUCUUGCAACCACCGAUAUGUAUCGCAAAAGUUGUCGAUAUAUUGAAAAAAAUGGGACAUCCACCAUAUGUAAAGAAUACCAGUGGUUUAAUUAUAGGUGAAGAAAUUAAUGUCAGAACUUAUCAAUACGAUUUGGCUAUGGAAAUUUCUAACGGUGGAGUAACUGAUAUCAAAACUUCAAAGAUAAUGUAUCCUAAUGGAUUUGACGUAUCAGUUGCACCAGAAGGUUUAAAAAUUGAAUUGAUGCCACCAAGAUAUUCUGAUUUAAGAAUCACUGUGCCAGAAGAAUUUGAUGUUGAUGUAAUAAAUAUUAGAAUUACAAAAAAUAAAGAAGCUGAUGAUGAAGAGGAUUAUGAUGUUUGUUCAACAGAAUCCCAAACUCCAUUAAAUGAAAAUUCGUCAAUAAACGGAGUGGAAGAUAAUGAAAUAUCGAAUACGGAAUCAGCAGAUUCUACACUUGUUAGUAAGGAUAAUGAUGUCUACGAAAGAGAUGAUUUUCAAUUGAAACAUUUGAAAGCAGUAGUUACUAGUCCAAAGAUAACUGCUACAGAUCAACUAUCUCAGCAAUCAGAAGGUAACUUUUAA